GAAACAUGUGCUUUGACGUUUGUUAAUGAUGAGGAAAAGGUGUUGCUUUAAUUAGAACGAUUAAUGAACCCAAUUUAUAAACAGAUGAGAAUUUCCGGAAAUUUCUGAAGUUUUUGUGUAAAUUUUGAAAUAUUUCCGACUCAUGUGACAUUGGUUUUCGAAUCAUUUAAAUAUAUAAAAUCAGAUAUGAAUCAUCGAAAAUAAUAAGGGGUCAAUUUUUAGCAAUAAUUUGGAUUUUAUGAGUGAAGGGUGUUUGAAAGCAUGGGGAAAUUUUUCAACUGAUUUUGUGAGUGAUUCUUUAUGGAAGUUUUGCAACAUUAGUUAAUGUCUCUAUUAUCGUUUUUAUUUUCGGCUCGUGACAAGUGGAAAAUAAAUCACCUUGGCAUUCGUGAAUCUAUUUCCUUGAACUGAUUUCCUAUCGUGCAAUUUUGUGAAAAUGGCAUCAUUUUUCGUGAAAAGAUCUCUGAAUGCAAGUCAGCUGGGUAGUUUUAUUUGCCGGCCUUAUCUUCCAAUUGCGACACAAUGUUGUAGUUACGCUGAUACGAGUUCAAAUGGUCCAACAAAAAUUUUAAAUGAAAAAGUAUCAAAAGGUGAAUUAUUGAACGAUGAAUAUCAAAUAAAAGUAGUCGAGGCUUUGGAAAAAGUUUAUUUGGACGUUCAGGGAUACGAGCCGGAAAACCCCGGAUUUUUGAGUAAAUGGAUUGGGAAGGGAAAGAAAAAGAAAAAAAUACCCAAGGGAUUAUACCUCUACGGAGCAGUGGGUGGAGGUAAAACAAUGUUGAUGGACCUUUUCUUUAAUUGCUGUCAGCUGAAAAAUAAGAGGAGAGUUCAUUUCCACUCAUUUAUGCUUGACGUACACAGCAAAAUUCACGAAAUAAAAAAAACUAUCGUGAGAGAUCCGAGUAGUACAAAAUUACAGCCUUUUGAUCCAAUUCCGCCUGUGGCUUCGCAAAUUAUUGGAAAUGCUUGGCUACUUUGUUUCGAUGAAUUUCAGGUAACGGACGUAGCAGAUGCUAUGAUUUUAAAAAGGCUUUUUACUGAAUUAUUCAACAAUGGAGUGAUAAUGAUAGCAACUAGUAAUAGACCACCUGAUGAUUUGUACAAAAGUGGACUUCAGAGGGGAAAUUUUCUCCCUUUUAUUCAAGUUUUAAAGGAUCAUUGCAACAUUCAUCGUUUGGAUUCUGGAAUAGAUUAUAGAUCAAAAGGAGGUUCUGGAAAAGAAAAAAAUUACUUUGUAAAGGGAAAGGACAACGACAAGGAAAUAGACAAGAUUUUCAAGUACCUCUGUUCGAUGGAAAAUGACGUUAUCAGACCGAAAAUACUUUCGAUAAGAGGUCGAAAUGUCACUUUUAAUAAAACCUGCGGACAAGUAAUGGAUUCCACUUUCGACGAAUUGUGUGACAGGCCUUUGGGAGCGAGCGAUUAUUUAGAAAUCUGUCAGGCAUUUCACACAGUGAUAAUCAGGGACGUUCCAAAAAUGAAUUUGAAGGUGAAAUCCCAAGCUAGGAGAUUUAUAACUUUGAUCGACACACUGUAUGACAGUAGGAUAAGAAUUGUAGUUUCGGCUGCUGCUCCUCAUAAUAAGCUUUUUGUUCCGGAAGGCGAUGCCGAAUACUCGGAUGAAAAACGUGCACUGAUGGACGAUUUGCAAAUAUCUCACGGAUCAGAUGACCACAAAUCGAAUAUUUUUACCGGAGAGGAAGAAUUAUUCGCCUUUGAUCGCACGGUUUCUCGAUUAUCGGAGAUGCAGACUUCGGAAUAUUGGCAUGAAUGGGAACGUCACAGAUAA